AUGGAAGAGAAUAUGGUUGAUACCGACAUUCCAGGUAUCAUAUAUUUGUCAACUAUCCCAACUGGAAUGACUGUCAGUAUGAUCUCGGGCAUUAUGCAACAGUUUGGUAAAAUUGGUCGAGUUUACUUGGUACCGAAAAAGAAAAAGGGGAAACAUUGGGAAUAUGAAGAAGGUUGGGUUGAGUUUGUAAAUAAGAAAAUUGCCAAGCGUGUUGCUAAGCAGCUGAACUGUGUCGAAGUCCUGGGUUCAAAGCGUAAUCCGUGGUUUGGAGAGCUGUGGAACAUUAGAUUCCUCAAAGAUACAUCAUGGAACGAUCUUUUCGGUGCUGAACGUGAAGAAGAAGAACAAAGGCGUGCAGCCCAUGACCGUGAUAUAGUAGUGGCGAAACAUCAGUCUCGUCAGUUUUCUGCAGCACUGGAUUCUAAGAAACUGGAAAAACGGAUGAAGAUUGUCAAAGGAAAGAGGUUUAAUGAGAGAAAACCACUGGAUUUGAACAAACGCCAAAAGCUCACUGAAGAGGAGAUCAAGGAAAAACUUGCUCGAUCCAAUCGUACACCUCCUGAUGGAUGUCUUGGAUUCUCAGCAGUUUCAAAUACGGAGUUUAUGAAUAAUCUUUUUGCUGGCGGUCUUUAAUGCCAUACUCGUUAAACGCGAGUGUACUGUACAUAAACUAUAUGCCUUGAAGUGUAAAUAUUUUUUCAAGCUUUAUAUUAUUUUUUUAUACUUACUAUAUGGAAGAGAAAUGAUUUUUUUCAAAGUAAAUUCUAGAACAUUUUGA